AUGAACAAACUUGUACGGUCUGAAGAGAGCAGUAUGCAUGUUUGCAACCCCAGCGGCAACGUGGGGAAACUGCAUUCCAUUCGGUGCAUUGCCAACAUAUGCGACACGCUUGCAAAGUGGCCAGGCACGAGCAUCAGUUUUGUCGACGGCGGCCAGCUCGCCGACAACAAUCUCAACAUGUCGGAGAACGACUGGGUUCGUCCCCAGACAAUAGAUCCGUGCAAAAUUCUGCGUAUCGAGCGGAAUGGACCUACCGGUGGAAGACAAAGACGAGCGGUGCGACUGGUGCCGGCGAGUACACAGAGCCCUCCAAGACAUGGGCUACAAAGAGGCGGCAGAAGUAUGGAUGGUGUGGUGGGACUUGCCUUGAUCUUGACCGCGGCCUCCUGA